GACCAGUCGACAGGCCCCCAACGCUUAACCUCGUGAUCACACCCAUUCCGUGCUCACAGCAACCUCUCAGUGAUCUCUAGCUGUCCGAGUUGUGCAGCUGAGGCGAACGCUCAUAGUUCCGCCCAAAGCCCUUGUCUGGCUGUGGCGCUCCGAUGUGUAGCGUGGGCCCCGGCCGCAACGCUCAUGUAGGGUUUGCAAGCACAGCAAAGAUAUGCCGUCGCGUUCGGGCCAUGCCAGUGACAGCGGUUCGCAAGCCGGACACGGACAAUUGCGGCCCCUCGACUUCGGGAAGUUCGAAGCGCGGCUUCAUCAACGAGCUGCUUCGCGGGCCACAGCCAGACCUGUUCAAAGCACAUCCUAAGGUCCGUCAGAUCAACCAUAUCCUGCGUGGCCGCCACGACCGGCUUCGCGGACUGGAACGACCGCUCGGUGCUGUGGUGCUCCCCGCCUAUCUGUGGGGCUCCAUCGCCGCGGUCAUUGGCCUGCAGUCCGCGCUGCCGGUCCUGUCCGGCGCCGCGGUGGGCGGUCUAUUUGCCGUCAUGCACCGCGUCUGCAACCGCAAGCUGUGGGCGGCGCCGCGCCAGCCCCUCACUGUGGUGGUCACGGGCGGCUCGCGCGGGCUGGGCAAGGCUCUGGCGCGGGAGUUCCUGGCGGCUGGGGACCGGGUGCUGCUGACCAGCCGCACGCAGGCGGCGGCGGACGCGGCAGUGCGGGAGCUGCGGGAGGAGGUGGCGGCGCUGAACGGCUGCUGCCCGCAGGUGGUGGGCGUGGCUGCGGACGUCAGCGAUGCGGUGGGCGUGGCCGCUGUGGAGGCGGCGGCGCUGUCAUCCUUCGGGCGAGUGGACGCCUGGGUGAACAACGCCGGGUACAGCGGCUCCUUCCAGCCGCUUGUGGAGCAGACCGACGCGCAGAUCGAGCAGGUGGUCCGCACCAACCUGCUGGGCACGCUGCUGUGCACACGCCAGGCCGUGAGCCUGAUGCAGCACCAGCCGGGUGGAGGACACAUCUUCAACAUGGACGGCGCCGGCGCAGACGGCUUCGCCACUCCCAACUACGCGGCAUACGGCGCCACCAAGGCCGGCAUCACGCAGCUGACGGGCACGCUGCAACGCGAGCUGGCGGACACACCCAUCAAGCUGCACACAGUCAGUCCGGGCAUGAUCCUGACCGACCUGCUGCUGGAGGGGGCCACCACCGCCAACAAGCAGGCCUUCAACAUCCUGUGUGAGCACCCCGAGACCGUGGCCGCCUUCCUGGUGCCCCGCAUUAAGAGCGCCGUGGCCCGCGACGUGAGCGGCACCUACACGCGCUUCCUGACACCGGGCUCAGCGCUGUACCGCCUGGCCACCGCCCCCGCCCGCCUGGGUCGCUUCUUCGACAAGGAGGGCCGCGCUGUGUACCCGCCCGAGCGCGAGCGCCUCAUGGGCAGACACGCCAAGUCCACCGCCCGCGCCCAGGCGGCUGCUCGGCGACAGAGCGGCAGCCUGGCGCUGGCCUACAACCUGAGUGUGCUGGCUGGUGUGGUGGUGCUGCUGGCAGAGGCGCAGGUGCUGCACCACACCUGAGACACCGUGCGGCAUGUGAAGCGGCCAGCCGCAGGCACGCCGGUUUGCUGGCAUGCCGGCUUGCCGGGAUGUCAGCUUUGGCGUGUUUGGAGACCGAGGUCGAUUCCCAAGAGUGGUGGAGAAGCGGCAGGAUCAGGAGGAUACGUGGGGGGUUAUGCAAGAAGGGUGUAAAGGCUGUAUGCACAACCUUCUUACGUCAUGCGCCGGCCAGGUGGCUUUUACGGCCACAGCCAGGAGUGUUUCCUGUUGUCCCCUCAGCGCCCGCGCCGUCAUUGAUGCAGGCGCUGGGGGUGUUGCGUGCGUGGCUAGGCUUGUGCUGCUGGGCUUAUCACCAACAAUUGUUGCUUGAUGAACUGUGCUCACCAUCGGGGCUUGCGUUUCAUGCGGUAUGCAACCCGAAGAGGAGUGCAGCACGGAGCACAUGUUAACUUUACAAUGUGUGAUUGUGCGUGUGUGUGUGUGUGUGUGUGUGUGUGUGUGUGUGUGUGUGUGUGUGUGUGUGUGUGUGUGUGCGCGCUAUGUUUUGGUGCUGUUUGUGUCGAGAGAGUUUGGCAAGAGCCAUUACGAGAGGAAGCGACUGUGCGCCUGUUGACAAGCGGGGUAUUUGUUGUACGAUGCGAGAGGAAGAGAGUGUGCGCCUGUUGACAUGCAUUGUGUCUGUGCACGUGUUAUGGCGUUCAGUUCCAAACACGCACCCUCGAAUUUGUAUUCCAUGUUCGGCCAAAGAGCAAGAAACAUAUCGAAAUUCCGUUUUGUUUUGUUUGACACGUUUCGCGAGAGGCCAUGUUACAAAGGGGUACACGCUGAUGAGACGCCAAUGCGCAUCCUUGCAAGGUUGUGGCAAGCCGUAUUCGUACAUCUGCAACUGGUAAAUGGUUGUAGGUGGUUCGGACUAGGAGGCAUUGUACACUAUGACCGAGAGAGAAAGGACAGCGUGUGCCCAAAGGCAGUGUGGACAUUGGGAGGCAGGAUGCGCAAGGUCAGGGGGUGUGACAUAAGCUGAGGGCGGUGGUGGCGUGCGCUGGGCUGCCGACUCGAUGCGCUGGGGCUGUUUGGUUGGCGGUCGUGCAGUUGGACGGAUGUUGGACGUUGACCGUUCUGCAGGCAGCAGUUGAACGUGAUGGCAGAGAGCUGUGGCAUGGAACGGCAAGCCAUGUUGCCGCAGAGGAGCUGUAAGGUCACUGCCGGAAGCCGUGUAAGGACAUCACACG